AUGAUCCUACCGCACCUCUCCCUGUUGCUCACCACUGCCAUUGGUACGGCACUGGCAGGUUCAUCCAACUCUGGUAAUGCUGCCCAGAGCGUUCUCAGUACCCUAGGCCCAGUUGUUGACUUGGGUUAUACUACCGUCGUUGGCAACGCCUCGUCCAAUUCCGUCAACUUCUUUGGCGGCAUCCCGUACGUGAAACCUCCUCUUGGAGACCUCCGAUGGCGCGCUCCUGUGCGUCUCGACGAGACUACCAAGAAUGGAGCCAACAAGCCCGAACUCGAUGCGCGCUGGUUCGGUCCGCUUUGCAUCCAGCAGCCGGCUAUCGUCGGCGUCGGUGAUGAGGCUGGAGCGACUGCCAGCAGCAACCUCCCGGUCAUCGUUUACAUCCACGGUGGUGGCAACUACUACAACUCUGCUCAAGGAUUCCCCAUGGCCCACUGGGUAGAGGCCACUGGCGGGCAGCUCGUGGCUGUUAGCAUUCAGUAUCGACUCGGCCUCCUCGGCUUCCUUGCCUCGUCCAAGCUCAUGGCCAACGGCGUGGCAAAUGCCGGCCUCCUUGACCAGCGUGCAGCUCUCGAGUGGAUUCAGCGUCACAUUGGAGCAUUUGGUGGUGACCCCAAGCACGUCACCAUCUCUGGGGAAUCGAGCGGCGGUGGCUCCGUGCUGAACCACCUCGUUUGGAAGGAUGGCGGGGAUUCGAGCCCUCCAUUCAGCGCUGCAAGUAUUGGAAACGAUCCAUUUGGAACCGCCGACGUGUAUGAGCAAUGCUUCAACAAUGUCACCACCUUUACUGGCUGCGACCGUUCCACGGACGUCAUGGCCUGUCUUCGUAACACUCCGGCUCGAGUGCUCGUCCAGGCAGUUAACCACCGUCCGCAGCCGCUCUGCAAGUAUCUCCCCAUUGUCGACGGCGUGAACAUUCUCGACUUCCCGAGCGUCUCGCUCACUAAGGGACACUUCUCCAAAAUGCCUGUGCUUGCCGGACACGUCAACAACGAAGGUACGACCUUUGUCGGGUCGCCCACCUCGGUCACCAAUACCGCCCAGCUCUACACGGCACUGACCUCCUCGCGCUUCAAGUGGCUGUCCAACGCGACGUUCGAACGUGGUCUUGCCCUCUACAACCAAAGCGAAUUCACCUCGUUCUACGACAUGGCGCAGACGCUCACUGGCCAGACUGAGUUUUCUUGUUGGGACUGGUACCUUGCGAACCGCACAGCCGCUGCGGGUCAGCGCGCAUACACUUACAGGUGGAAUACUCCCGAUCCCGUGCAACUGGCUGCAGCAUCUUACAAGGGGGUUGUUCACACCUCGGACCUGUACUUCCUGUUCCAAGGCACCAACUCCGGUGUAUCCGCAAGCAACGCUCAGAACACAUUCGUUCCCUUCAACUCCACCGAGUCGCUGCUGGCAUCUGAAGCCGUCGCCUAUUGGACUUCAUUCGCUCGCUCGUACGACCCCACCGCUCACAAGCUUGCUACCUCGCCUGACUGGCCGGCCCUCAACGUUGCAUCUGGAGGAGCACAACGCAUGGUUCCUUGGCAAGGAGGGGCCAACGGUACGGCCUCUUACGUCGAGGAAAUCCCCCAGGCUGAGAUUGACCGUUGUCUUUGCGGGCAAUGA